GACGAAGGAAACCCGGCUCUGAUUUGUGAGAGCCGGCAAGGGGCGGAAGCCGCUGUUUUGCAGCCCAGACUUCUUCCUGCUGUUCAUUCCAGCCUUCCUAGGAUUUUGACUCGCCUGGACGGCCGCAGACCUGGCGAGGGUUGUUCGGGAAUGCUGCUCUGCUACCUUCUACGGGGAGCUUAACUUGUCCCGCCCGCCGCCCGGAUGGGACCCCCAGAGUUCGCUAAAGUGUCCAGUGAAUAUUGAAUUGCUGAAAAAUUUGGGAAAAGACGAACUGAAGUUCCCAUUCCAUGGAUCCCUUGGGUGCACCUUCCCAGUUUGUGGAUGUGGAUACACUACCAAGCUGGGGUGACUCGUGCAAAAAUGAAUUAGAUUCUUCUGAUACUGCAGUUGAAAAAUUUCUGGAAGAAACAAUUAGAUCACCUUUUCUUUAUAAUAAGAAUAUCAAUGGAAAAGUAGUUCUUUGGAAAGGAGAUGUGGCAUUACUAAACUGUACAGCCAUUGUGAAUACCAGCAAUGAAACUCUUACAGAUAAAAAUCCUGUGUCAGAAAGUAUCUUCAUGCUUGCAGGUCCUAAUUUGAAGGAAGACCUUCAGAAACUUAAAGGUUGUCGGACAGGUGAAGCAAAAUUGACAAAAGGAUUUAAUCUAGCUGCCCGGUUCAUCAUUCACACAGUAGGACCGAAGUACAAAAGCCGCUAUCGCACAGCAGCUGAGAGUUCCCUGUACAGCUGCUACAGAAAUGUACUUCAGCUGGCAAAAGAGCAGUCAGUGUCUUCUGUUGGAUUCUGUGUCAUCAACUCUGCAAAACGAGGUUAUCCUUUAGAGGAUGCAACACACAUUGCACUUCGCACUGUAAGGAGAUUCCUAGAGAUUCAUGGGGACACCAUUGAAAAAGUAGUAUUUGCUGUUUCUGAACUUGAAGAGGCUAUCUACCAAAAGCUGCUACCUCUGUAUUUCCCAAGAUCAUUGAAAGAGGAAAGUCUGUCAUUGCCAUACCUUCCUGCAGAUAUUGGAAAUGCAGAAGGGGAACCUGUGGUACCUGAACGGCAGAUUAGAAUAAGUGAAAAACCUGGUGCUCCCGAGGACGACCAAGAAGAGGGGGAUGAAGGCCUUGGAGUUGAUCUGUCUUUCAUUGGCUCUCAUGCUUUUGCUCGAAUGGAAGGAGAUAUUGAUAAGCAAAGAAGACUGAUCCUACAGGGACAGUUAUCAGAAGCAGCACUGCAGAAGCAGCAUCAAAGAAAUUAUAAUCGAUGGUUAUGUCAAGCAAGAUCUGAGGAUCUAUCUGAUAUUGCUUCUCUAAAAGCCUUAUACCAAACAGGUGUUGAUAACUGUGGUCGCACAGUGAUGGUGGUAGUUGGAAGAAACAUUCCCGUAACAUUAAUAGAUAUGGACAAGGCUCUCUUAUAUUUUAUCCAUGUAAUGGAUCACAUUGCUGUGAAAGAAUAUGUGUUAGUGUAUUUUCACACUCUCACCAGCGAAUACAAUCAUCUGGAUUCUGACUUCCUGAAGAAACUCUACGAUGUUGUUGAUGUCAAGUACAAGAGGAAUUUGAAGGCUGUAUAUUUUGUUCAUCCAACAUUUCGUUCAAAGGUAUCAACAUGGUUUUUCACCACCUUUUCUGUCUCAGGGCUGAAGGACAAAAUCCACCAUGUGGACAGCCUCCACCAACUGUUUUCUGUCAUAUCCCCAGAACAGAUCGACUUUCCUCCUUUUGUCCUUGAAUAUGAUGCCAGGGAAAACGGGCCUUACUAUACAUCUUAUCCUCCAUCACCAGAUUUAUGACCUGCCAUCUUUUAGUGCCGCUGAUUGCCACUUUGUCCAUGACUCUCUACCUAUUGACGUAAUAUUCAUUUUUGCUGUACAGAUCCAGAGAGUCUUUUUUUUCCCACCUCUCUGGUAUUUUUUUAUUGACUGUAUAUUUUCUUGCACAUAAGCAAUCUAAAAUGGUAGGCCAUUCUGAACUGCACUUAUUUUAAAUUUGUAUAUUUGUAUCAAAGGGAAAUGCUGAUUUUUAGAGGGUUGUUAAUAGAAAUUGGGGAGCAACUUUUGAGCAUCUUCAGUUUCUUGAAAGGACACUCAUUCUCCAUUAGACAAGCUACCGAUAUUAUUCACAUCAUCUCCUUAACAUGCACGCUCCUUUUGUGUACUGAAUGUUUCUCAAAAUGUAUAGAACUAGUAUGUGCUGACUGGAUGCAUUGUUUGCUUCAAAUCCUGGCAAUAAUACCACUCUCAUUUUUAUUACAGAUAAUUUGGUUACAAUAGUAGAGAAUUGUCUGGAACCAAGAAUAUGGAAAUGUUUCUGGCUGAGCAAAAAAUAUCAAAAUCAUUAGUAAAAUACAGGAUUUGGAAUGUUACUGCACCAGUCUUAGUUCUUUGUAUUGUGUGAUUUGUGAAGAUUGCCACUGUUUUGGUCUCAACAGUGGAGGAAGGAAGGCUGUAUCUUCAGCCUUUUUUCUGUAAUCAUGGGCUAUUUGAUCUGCUUAUUCAAAAGGAAAGGACUGCCCGUACUAAUGCUGUUAAAUGAAUAAACAUCUCCCAAGGCUCCAUCAGGGAGCCUUUAAGGAGUGUGCUGUCCUUCCAAAGUCAUGAAUGAUUUUGUUUGUAGUAGCUGUCAGUGUAGCUACCUUUAAGAGAAUUUUGUAGCAGUCUCCUGAGUUGCCUAUGUCAAUAUGAAGGAAGUGUUUUGCACUGAACAAAUCCAGGGACCUGACCAUUGGCUUUUUAUCCAGUCCAUUUUUCCCCCUCAGGCUCUCUUUGUGCCUUAGUUUGCUUAUGAGUAAAAAUUAGAGUUAUGCUACCUGCUUCACAGAGGUGUAUCACAAGAGUAGCGUUUAGAAAGGGUUUUGAUGUCUUUGGAUUAAAAAUGUGAGGUGUCUUCAGUUAGUUUUUAAAUGGAAAUAAAUAUAACACGAGGGAGUGCUACAAGGCACUCCCUUGUCCUUGGCACUUUUGGAUGAUUCUGCUUUCUUUGGGACAACAGUUGUUAAUACAAAAUCCCUAUCAUGAGGAAGGACCUCCUCCUUGCCUUGUCCAGAAUUUCUUCUCGCUGACUCCUCCCCCAACACUACACUGUAAUAGGAGGCAUCUGUUAGCCACUUUAAACAUUUCUUCUUAAUUAAGGUCAAACCAUUAUCAUUUCCAUCUGAGUGUCUUCAUAUUCCUUUUGAUUCCCACAUACACACAUGCACACAAAACACACCACAUCUCCCACACCCCAUCAUGAACAUUGGCAGUUGAGAAAAAAACGUGCAGCCCUUCUGUUGUAAUGUGCUUCUACGGGUUCCAUACCCCUGUGCCCCAAUUAAUUCCUCAUUGAGGGAAAAGAAGCGUACAAUAUUGUGAGUGGGAAAUCCCCCAGUAGUUCAGUUAAUUUCAGCCUUUAUUUUCCCAUAUAAACAAGAAUAGGCUUUACAUUUCUCAGAUAAAUAUAUAUAUUUUUUUUUUCUGGUGUUGGAACCAUUUACUUUGGUAGAAUUCCCCUGUGAAGCCAUCUGGCCCUGGGCAUUUAUUUGUGGGAAGAUUUUUGAUGACUGA